AGAAGAAGAAGAACAAGAAACAUGACGUAAUCACGUUACGUGACCCGGAGACGCGAUGUAAACAACAACACUAGCCUCAGCGUUAGCCCCGUUAGCCCCGUUAGCUCCGUUAGCUCCGUGUCUGUGACUCAGUGACUGUUUAUGAUCUGUUGCUGCUGUUUCUCCUGCUGAGCCGUUAGCUGCCUGAAGCUAACAGGAGCUAGCUGCGUUACAUUCACCAACAUGGAUGAUAACAAGAUGGUGGCUGGUAAAGUGAAGAAACCAGGAAAACGCGGACGUAAACCAGCAAAGAUCGACCUGAAGGCCAAACUGGAGCGGAGCCGGCAGAGCGCCAGAGAGUGCCGCGCCCGGAAGAAGCUGAGGUACCAGUACCUGGAGGAGCUGGUGUCCAGCAAGGAGAGGGCCAUCUGCGCCCUGCGGGAGGAGCUGGAGAUGUAUAAACAGUGGUGCUCAGCGAUGGACCAGGGGAAGAUCCCGUCAGAGAUCAAAGCUCUGCUGACUGGAGACGAACAGAAGACGCCUCAGAGCAGCAACAAGACCAAGAGCAGCAAGAGCAGCAUCAGCAGCAGCAACGGGCAGGCCUGAGGUGUUGGGAGCGGCGGCGUGCUGACUCAGCGUUCCUGUAAAUGAAGUGACGACGGAUAUAUUUUUGUAUUGUAUUUUCUCAGCGUCCGGCAGGAAGCAGCAUGUCGUUCUGUCGGACGGACGGACGGACGAUGUGACGAUGAACUUCAGUUUGUUUCAUGUUUGUGAAACUUUGUGCACUUUGUUUUCUAUCUGGCAGAAGCACUUUGUUAGGAGAUUGUAGUUUGAAGCUUUGCAGCGAAUCUGUUUCUCUUUUUGUUUGUUAAAGGAAAUAAAAGUGUUUGAAAUCAGA